UUUAGUUAGGAUAAAAUGGAACUUGACAAAAAAUCCAAAGACUACGAGAUAUUGAAAAAGACUGUCUUUGCUGAGGCUAGAGGUGAGGACAGACGUGGACAACGGGCAGUAGCCUGGGAUAAAAACCGAGCCAAUCAAGGGACCAAGUACUCCAAAGAUGGCACAAUUGCCGGCGUUUGCCUUAAGCCAUACCAAUUUUCGUGCUGGAAUGAAGACGAGAAACAUUUAAUUGAACAGGGCAUAAAGAAAGAGCGUAACGUCUAUGAUGCAAUGGACGAAUGGUUGCCGAAAGUUUACGAGAGCUCAGAUCCGACCGGCGGAGCUGAUCAUUACUUCUGCCCCUCCAAGAUACCGACACCGGAAUGGGUCAAAAACUGCGAAUUUAAAGGGGAAAUUGGAAACCACAAGUUCUAUAAAGCAAAAUGCUGAAAAGCAGAGACGAAAUUGAGUUUGUUCACCUGAAGGCGAAAACACUUAUUAGCCACCGAAUAGCAGGAAUCAAUGUUAAGCAAUGCAUAUGGAUGUUGCGUUUUUUUUUUUUCUUCAUUUUCUUCAUUGGUUGGUAGUAGCCGGUAGUAAUGAACUAGUAUUUCAAAAAAAUACAUCUUAAAGUCAAGUGA